AUGGACUUUCAUUACAAGGCAGAUCCGAAUUGUGAGAAUUACCAAAAGGAUGGCACAAUUACCCAAAAAUUCCAAACUGUUUUUGCAGUGGUACCUUCUGCCAGCAGCAACAGUACCUCCAAUCCCGUCAACGUGCUCUGGACUCUUUGGCCGCAAGGCUACGACAUUGCCUCCGACAACGAAUGGGAGAAUUUUCGAAACGUCAAUUCAUCAGGUGGGAUCUAUUCUUAUGAAGAAACUAUGAAAUGGUAUAUGGCUUCUUUUAGUGUCCUUGGAAAUGAAUCUCAUAUACCUGAGGAAUUUCCAAUAUCAAUAUCCGAAUCAAAGACCGAUUAUUACAAUGCUUCAGCUUCAGACCUUGCAAAUUAUACUUUUUAUCAAGAUAUCGGAUUUUUUCCUUUUCGCGCCUGUAAUGGAUCGGGCAUCGAAAAAGGCGUUGUCGGCAUCGGAAAUCUACCGUGGAUGGCUGAGAUAUCAAAGUUUGAUUUCCAAUUCGAUGGGAGUGGAGCCAAUGCCACUUAUAUGGCCCCCGAAGCAAAUUCUCUAUCCAAAUACCAUUUGGCACUCUAUGCAUUCAAUACUAGCUUUGCACUUCAGGGGACCAUGCAGCUGAGCAUGACCGCGUCUAUUGACCCGUGGCAUUCGGAUAUUCUGGUCGGUGGUGAGGACAAGCCGUCUUGGAACCUGACUGUGGGAUAUGAUAAAGAUUACUUUGGCUAUCCUAGCUGCGCAACUGCUAACUUAUACCCUUAUUCAAGCCAAGUGGCUACCCUGGUGGUAGUGUUGACAUGGACCACUUCAAGUUUUAUGCCGUUUUAA